UUUAUUUAGUCAGAGACACAUUGGACUCGUGCUUCUGGGAUGUUCCUGUGGGUCUGUUAGUGAUUACCGUGGAGGAGAGAGAAGGCUGAGCAAAGUCCAAAGAGGCGGAACCAGCAGAGAUUUAACUGCCGUCGGUGCUCUGGAUCUUGUCUCAUGGCAGCUGGAUUGACCCAUUUUGCCUGCUUACAAUGAUUGCGUACGUCCUGUGCACCGUUGUAGCACUUUGGGCCGCACUUCUUUACCUGCGGAACCCCUAUUUGUUGGCGGACAUAAAUUACGCAAUCAAGUCGCUUUACGUGGGUUACCGUUUGGGGCAGAUAAAGAGGCGCUUUUACGGCAUUCUGGACUGUUUUCUGGACAGAGUAGCGAAGCAUCCAGACAAGAAGUUGUUCAUUUUCGAGGAUGUCUCCUACACUUAUAAACAAGCAGACGCAGAGAGCAACAAGGUGGCCCGGGCUCUGUCUGCGCACGCGCAGCUGAAGCCGGGGGACACGGUGGCGCUGUUCCUGGGCAACGAGCCCCUGCUCGUGUGGGUCUGGCUGGCUUUGGCCAAGCUGGGCUGCGUGACGGCUCUGCUGAACUACAACAUCCGGUCCAGAUCUCUGCUGCACUGCUUCUCCUGCUGUGGAGCCAAAAUCCUCAUCACCAGCCCUGACCUGAGGGAAGCUGUGGAGGAGGUGUUACCCACGCUGAGGGAGCAGGGCAUCCGUGUGCUUGUCCUCGGUGAUCAUCUUGAAGCAGAUGGCUUUGAAAGCCUCUUUCAUAAGGUUCAGGAGGCGUCAGACCAGCCUCUGUCACCCGAGCUGAGGGCAAACAUUCACCACAAGAGUCCUGCACUGUACAUCUACACCUCAGGGACCACAGGGCUUCCCAAAGCUGCCAUAAUCACCCACCAGAGGGCAUGGUCAGCAUCUUUGGCUCAGGAAAUGGUUGGUGUGCGCUCAGACGACAUCUUCUACCUUUACCUGCCUCUUUACCACACCGCAGGUUUUCUGAUGGGACUCUGUGGAGGAAUCAACAAAGGCGUCACUUUUGUUUUAAAGCGUAAAUUCUCAGUGUCCAGCUUCUGGGAUGACUGUCGGAAAUACAACAUCACUGUCAUUCAGUACAUAGGAGAGAUUAUGCGUUACCUCUGCAACAUGCCAAAGAAAGACAAUGACAAGGACCAUAAUGUGCGACUAGCGUUUGGUAACGGGAUAAGGACGGACACCUGGGCUGAAUUCCUGGAACGCUUCGGAAACAUUCAAAUCUGCGAAUGCUAUGGAGCCACCGAAGCAAAUAUCGGCUUUAUCAACUACGUUGGAAAAAUUGGAGCUCUGGGUAGAGAGAACUUUCUCCACAAAAUGUCAAAUAAAUACGCCCUCAUCAGAUAUGAUACGGAGAAAGAGCAGCCAUUCAGAAACGCAGAGGGAUUCUGUGUUGAAGUCCCAAAAGGGGAAACUGGCUUGUUGGUCUCAAUGAUAGGAGCCGCCACCCCCUUUGUUGGCUACGCUAACAACCAGCAGCAGACGGAGAGAAAGAUAUUGAAGGAUGUCUUUGUGACAGGAGACCUCUACCUAAACAGCGGUGACCUUUUGAGGAUAGACCGCGAGGGAUUUGUUUACUUCCAGGACCGCACUGGAGACACUUACAGGUGGAAAGGAGAAAAUGUGGCGACCACAGAGGUGGCAGAUCAAUUGCUCAUGGUGGACUUUGUUGAGGAGGCUAAUGUCUACGGCGUGAAAGUGCCAGGACAUGAGGGAAGGAUUGGAAUGGCUGCCCUGAAGCUGAAGGAAAAUAUGGUGUUUGAUGGCAGAGCUAUAUAUCAGUGUGUCAAGAGCAACCUGCCCGGCUACGCCAGGCCACGUUUCAUACGCAUACAGGAUGCUCUGUCAGUGACUGAAACGUUUAAGCACAUGAAGGUGAAGCUGGCCGAGGAAGGCUUCAAUCCCGCUACCAUCAAGGACCCCCUGUACUUCCUGGAAGACAACGAAAGCUACAUAUCCAUGACUCAGGAAAUAUUCGACUCCAUUUCAGAGGGAAAAGUCAGGCUUUGAAUAUGAUUAGCAUUUAUUUUUUUUAUUUUUUUUCAACUGUAUAUAUAGAUUUUUUUUUGGCUUGGGAUGACACAACAUAGGUAUAAUUCAAAACAUCUCUUCUGUACACAUAUGCAGAACACACGUUAUAAACUGGGUUUCAGUUUGUGAGGAAAAUUUGAUAAAAGACUUUAUGAGGAAAAUACCUUUUUAACAACUAAAAGAAAAAAUACCAUGAAAUACAAGUUUUAGCACAUGUUUCAGUCAUUUAGUGAUGAUCACUCUCAUAAAGACAGCGCCGCCUGUGCAGAAGCAGAAUAAAGUAAUUUGCUGGAUAA